CAUAUUUACGGUAACAUCGGUUGAACACAACCAACGGCUUCCUCUCGUGGAGACAUCGAGGUACUGCAAGCUAACUUGCUGGAUAACACAGCCCGUUAAAUACACAGGCUUGCAAUAACUACUUCAAAACAACACAUCUAGCUACAUUUAGCUUGAUUUAAUUGAUCAGAAACAACCCGUUGGAGAUGUUAAGGAGGUGCAGUUGUGAGUACAUCAUGUCGAAUGAAACGACAGCGCAUACUCUCCUUAAACUUUCCUCCUCCGUUCCCUAAAUAGUCCCUCCUCCUCCUCCCACAGCCCCGUCUCCUCCACACGGUUUGUUCCUCGGACCAUGGCGCUACAGGCUGACUACUCCACUGUAUACGUGGCGUUUUAUUUUGUUUUUAUAACAUCACUUAAUUUUACCUCAGCAACCCCGGGUAGUGGCAGCUCUACUGUUCUGUCCCUGCUGCAGCCGUAUGACUUCUUGUACUACAGCGGAGUACGUGCAUAUUUUGGUGGGGAGUGGGCGAAGUCUGCGGAGCUGCUGGAGAAAUCCAUCCUGACCAAGGAAUCACUGUUGAGAGUCCGCAGACAGUGUCACGAUGACUGUGUGGCGGCAGGGAGAGAAGCGCUCAAUAAACUGGACUCUGAAAAGGAUCACCUGUGGGACCUCUGGGCCUUGGACUGGGUGCAGCAGAAGGCUGAAUGUUUGAGGUUCUGUGUCGGACGCUCCGUCACACCUGCAGGACAGCUCCCUGUUUCCUCGGACAUAGAUUAUGAAUUCAGCAGUCGCAACCCUUACAACUUUCUGCAGGUCACAUACUACAAGUUGGAAAAGUUGCAGAAGGCGGCAUCAGCAGCUCACACCUACUUUGUUGCCAACCCCAGUCACCUGGAGAUGAGGAACAACAUUGAGAAGUACAGACGAAUGGAUGGGGUGACCGAGGAGGCCUUCCAGGACCGAGAGAUUGAGAAUGAGAAACACUGGAUCCUGUAUGAUUCUGCAGUUCAGUCCGAGGCCUCUUCUGACUGGGUGCAGGCGGCAGAGAAGUGGAAAGUGUGUGUGAAUCAAACUCUGCAGCAGACAGAUGAGUGCAGGGUGCAAUGUGAGGUGGCCUCCCAACGGCUGCCCGAUGACAGGGGAGUGGACACUGUUGACGGUGCUUAUGAGAAGGCUGCAGCUCUUUCCCUCUCACUGCUCGCAUGCCGACAGUCCUGUGUGACCGAGGUAGCCACAAGACCCGGAAGGAUUUCUGCUCAGGAGGACUUCCUGCCCUCACAGCUGGAGCAUCUGCAUAUUGCACAGUUUAAAGCUGGCGAUAUUAAAGGAGCAGUGCAGACUCUUCGCUCUCUUCUCCUGUUCUACCCCUCUGACAGGGACUCCUUAGACAACCUGCAGCUCUACUCUGAGACACUAGGAGGAGACACAGAGUCACAGGGCACACAGCCAGCUCAGGAGAUUGUCAGAUACUUCAGUCGCUCCUUGCAGGAGAAGAAACUGCUGUAUUUUGGCAUGGAGAACUUUGACUUCACUUUCAUUGAUCCAGAUCUCUGGACUCCAGAGGAUGUUGUACCUGAAUCGCUGAGGGAUAUCUGGAGAGCUGAAAAAGAGAAAAUGAAUGAGAAAAUGAAAGAGGGAGAGAAACAGGAGGAAGUGGACGACAGUGGAUUCUUUUCAGGUGGUCCAGUCCCUCAGGUGGGUGUGACCAUCACCAUGGACGACGAGCUUCUGAACGGGACCAAUCGUGUCGUGCUCGACGGAGUCAUGACUGAGAAGGAGUGUGACAGAAUACUGCAGUUAGCGGCAGCUGCAGGAACUGUCGGCGAUGGUUACCGGGGACGACGGUCUCCACACACACCUCAUGAGACGUUUGAGGGUCUGACAGUUCUCAGGGCCGUCAAGUUGGCUCAGGAGGGCCUGGUGAACCAAUCAGAUGCCAAGCUGUUACAUGAGCUGGGCGAGAGAGCGACCGUCCUGCUGCACUCCUACUUCAGGAGCCCCUCAGGACUCUUCAUGUCUUUCUCACACCUGGUCUGCCGCAGCGCUGUCACAGGUGACCAGGAGGGCAGGCUGGAUCUGUCUCACCCUGUCCAUGUUGACAACUGUCUUCUCGAGCCAGAGACCAAGCAGUGCUGGAGGGAACCACCAGCAUUCAUACACAGAGACCUCAGUGCCAUUCUCUACCUAAAUGACAACUUCGAUGGAGGAGAGUUGUUCUUCACUAACAGGGACGCUAAGACAGUAACAGCCAGAGUAAAACCCAGCUGUGGUCGACUGGUGGGUUUCUCCUCAGGUCCAGUAAAUCCACACGGUGUUACCGCAGUGACCAGUGGCCGGCGGUGCGCACUGGCCCUCUGGUUCACGAAGGAGAAGCUCUACAGGGACAUGGAGCGAGAGGAGGCAGAGGCCGUGUGGGCAGCAGACGGACAGAGUGUGGUGAAAAAGGACAAGGAGGAGGCCAAGGGCACCGCCGGACGGAACGCCCGGAGCCAAGCGCCGAAGCAGAGGAGCCAAGGGAGAGGCAGGGUGACGGGCGGCAGAGAUGAGCUGUGAGAGCCAGAACAAACAUGAUAGACUGAACCAACCAAACGGGAAUACAUAUAUUCUCAGUUCGCCAUCCCAUCACAGGACCACGGACACCUUUCUGUUCAGAUUUCUCAGUUUUAUCCACACAUUCAGUUUUCCUCUUGCUGCGUAUUUAUGUACAGCCGCUUUCUUGUUUGUAUGUUGUGUUUUUACUGUAUAUGAGGACGAUAAAUGAAGGAAAGAUGGUUCUUUCCUGCCUAUAAUGUCAAUCUGUACUUCUGUGCGUUCUGUGUGAAAAUUAAGAGAUUAAAAGUCGAAUUAAAUGCGACUCUUUCCCAGUG